GCGUGUUUGGUUCUUGAUAACUGCUAGAGUGUUCUGAUCGGCCAUCACGGACGCACAACGACAUCUGUUUUGUCACGAUCGGCGUUAUUUCUGCUUCAGCUUACUGGAGAAAGUAAACUCAAUAAUGUUAAGUGAUCGAUAGAAGCAUACAAAGGAAAAAUGGUCUCCGAAUUGAACGAUCUGUGCCAUACAAAAGCUUUCACAUUGUCACAUUUUCGGCUAUAGCCAAUGUUCACGGAAACUUGGUGGCUUAAAAAUUUGGCGCAGCUGUAAAUAACGGACAAGCUUCGAGGCAAUGCAGUCACUACAAGCUAUGUCAAAGGUUCCUACGCAAUCUUCUAACCUUCCUCCACUUCAAAACCUUCCCUCUUGGUCUAGAAACUCUUUGGGAAGGAGAAAGCCUCCACGUCCGAUAAUUCGUGACCGCUUACAGCCUAUAAAAUCAAUAAGGGAGGAAAUGGACGAAAUCGGGGAGGAUAAAUCGAAAGGAAAAGCAAAUCUCCCAGGAAGGAUUGUUUCUGCGCCUUCUCGAGGCCACGAACUGGAUGAAGCUCAAAGGAUAGAAAAUAUAGAGAAACGAAUAGACUACCUGCGUACCCAACAUGCUGAAACACUAACAAAUUUACACAACGAAAUAGAACGUUUAAAAGCUGAAAACAAAGGUGAGAUAGGUCUGUGAUAACCUUUAGAUCUUGGUUUAAAGCCCGGCAUUUGAUUUGCAAAGUUUUUAAAAAAUACAGUGGGAAAUACAGUAGAGUUGAAGUAGGGUUAAGAACGUGUGUGUUACGAUUUUUGCACGGAGGAAUUUAAGCUGUCUGUAUAUUUUGAGCUCACAUUAUACAAGUUAAUCUUCUAAGAGGGGGGGCUGAUGUGAUAAUUGUUAAGUACUACCGUUUUCUUCGUUUUGCAGAGCUGAAUUUUAAACUGGUUAUGGCGAGAACAGGAGUUAAUCUGGCAAAAGGUUUGUUUAUUCUUUGUUGUUUCCGAUCAUUAAUGAGGUGUGAACGACUUAAGUGACUGAUUUCUAUGGCCUAGCCUUCCACCAUAUUUCCCAAGAGCUUAUCAUGUAGACUUAUUCACUGGCCCUGUUGUAUCUGCUCCUAAAAUGAUAAAAAAGACCUGCAUCCUCCAGAUAAUAAUUGUUUGUUUGGAUGUUACAAAACAGCUGUUAUAUCAUUAAGUAAACAAGACAGAGCUCAGGUCAUCAAUGACAUAAUACAGUCACUUAUCCUUUCUGACAUGCUGGUGUGACAUAUUUGAGGAUCUUAGCAACCCAUGUAUACACAUCUGCAUGGGUCAUGUGUAGGCCUAAUUAUUUAGAAUUCUUUUCGCCGAACACCACUUAUAGAAUAGAUAAAUAAUUUAAACCUCAAGCCUACAGCAGUGAUUGCAAAACAUUUCAAAAUCUUUUGUGUUGUGAUUUUGUUGUCAUUUUGGCCUUGACCAGAUGGAGCUUUGUCUUGAAGGUGUAAAAUGCUAUGUUUGAAGGCACUUAAUAUCUCCAGUUAAUACUACAUGUAGUUGGGGACUAUUACAUUAUUUUACAUGUUGGAAUUUUUUUUGUUUGGAGAUGAUACCAUUUUUGUAGGUUGCAUGCUGUGGGUUAAUUUUUAUUUGUCUUUCUUUGAAAGGAAUAAAAAUGUGUUGUGAUCUUACCUCACCAUGCUAAAAAAACAAACAAUAAAUACCUGUAGGUUGGAUUGGGGUGAUUUCGCUGUUUCCAGUGCUUGUUCGCAUCGUAACUGAAUACCCUGAGUGAAGGAAAAACUUUUAAUUCAUAACAAGUAGUCAAGAUUUGUGGGUAAUGGAGCACUCUUACCCUCUGAUUUCGUCAAUUUUUCAUGCUGCUUUGCUUAGAAAGUGGUGGUGGUAGACAGUGAUGUAUCAAUGAUGCACAUCGUACACGUAUGGAAAUAAAUUUUGUUUGGAAAAAAAAUUUCAGCUCUGUAACUGUCAAUACUUUUUGAUAAUUCAUAAAUACUGUGGCUGUACACUUUGUCUGGUUGUCAUGAAAUUUUUGGUUUGUGAUCAUGCUAUGCAAAUUUCAAUGAUGUUGUUUUGCAAUAACUGAUUAAUUUAGAAAGUGUUCUGUGAAAAUUUUGUAAAGUUAAUUUCUUUCUACAGAUGAUGUUUCUUCAGUUCCUGAUGAAAGUCAUGCUUUGCAAGUUACUGGCUCAGGUGAACCUCUUCUUUUUACUCUCAGUUCAAAGACAAAAUAUUUUAUUCAAUUAUUUAACAUAAUUUAUUUUAAUAGGAUCAAAAUGUGCAACUACAGUUGUUUGCUGUAUAGCUGGAGGGUUCUCUCCUAAUUGUCUCGGGACUGGUUUUUAUUUAUUACCCGCGAUUGAUUCGCAGUCACACGUGUUUUCUAAGAGGGAAUCUUUGUUGGCCUUUGCACAAUUACUAUUAUAUAGAUGUGGGUUUUCUGAGUUUCAUCCAGGCAUGGAUUUUGUAUGUUUCCCAUUUGGAUUUUCAAUUCACUGUAAUUUCCUCAAAAAAUAGUCGAGGCCUUUUUUUUUUCACACAAAAGGGGAGGGAUUUUUAGAGGGAAGGUGAUUAUUUCAAAUAUUGCUCACUGGAAGCCAUGCCCUGUAUAUUUUGUUUAUUGUCCCAUUAAAUCAAAAAAUGAUCACAUCAAAUAAACUAAACAUGGGCUUUCUAAGUGUUCCAAAUUUGUUUCCUUGGCUAAAUUUCAAUGUCAAUAUCCUCUGCAUCAGAGCUUGAAUCGUCACUGAUCAGUUUUGCUGGAUCAGAAUCCUCUUCAACUUAACAGGGAAGUUACACGUAUUAUAAAAGAAAGAGAAGAUGGCAAGAGGGGUAGGGGGUGAUUAUUCGAGGGAGGCGAUUAAUUGUUGAGGGAUGACUAUUAUUCAAGGAAAUAUGGUAUUAUAUAUUUUUUAAAAUGUUAGGUUCAGUCUUGUAAUGAAUGGGUCUCAGCUUUUAGCUAGAUGUUUUUGAACUCUUAGGAAUGCCUUCAUUAAUCUUCUGAAAUUAAAAUAUCAUACCUUUUGUUCUCAAAAAACUUUUGUGGCAGGUAUAUAGAACCAUGUACUUUCUCUGUGUAUAUGUCUCAGUCUGUAUAUAUUGAACACUGAAAGUGAGAAUUUCAAACUGCAAGAUUCUGCAGUCGGUGAUAAGCCUGAGAAGUCAUAGUGUACAGAAUCAGGUCAUUUUGGAAUGUUUUACCUCUAUGACAAACAGUGGUACUGGUACAUUGUACCUGUAUGUUAUUUCAUGGGAAGUGAGAUGAGAUAUUGUGGAGUUCAUUGGUUUCAUUUGCUUCCUUGAUUUGUAGAUGAGGAAGUUCAAGAUUUGUUAACAGAAACUUUAGACAUGUCAGAGUCCAGACAUGAAGAGAAGCUGCCUUUACAACACCCAGUCAAAGAAGCAUCUAGCAAAAGUACGUUGCAGCAAGCUUCAGGAUCAAGUGCAAAGAGAAAUAAAAGGUGUGAUUGGAAAUACAGUACAUGUAGCUACAAUGUAUUGAUAAACAUUAAAAUUCUUCUAGAAUUUGGAUAAAAUUAAAAAUUAUGUUAAUUUUUAACUAGUACAGUAAUGCUCAAUUUUAAGUCAUCACCCUUUUGAAGGGAGUGAUUCUUGUCAUGUGCUAUAUUUAACUCCUGUUUUGUUUUGCUAUCUAAUACAGUGUAUGUAGUUUUAAUUAUAUAAGCACCAGUGAAAUACCAGGUGAGCUAACUAGUUUGAAAACAUUAUCCCUUUACAUGUGAAUAUACGCACAUAGAUAUCUGUUGAUUCGGCUACAUUAUUAUCACUUGGAGUUACAAAAUUUUCUCUUCUAUUGUUGAGAACAAAAUAUUUUUAACAUGAGAAGAGGAAUUUGUUGUUUCUCUGCAUGGCCAUGUCAUCCUUUAUAUCUCUGAUCUUUGAGGUACAGACAAAAGGAUUAUUUUUUCAUUUUUUUGGUCCUGGUCUAAUUUUAUAGUAGUUUUUAUCCAUAGCACUGGACUAUUAUAUGUAUUUUUUAAUAUUAUUUUAUUGAUGAUUACUUGUAAGAGCAUCGAGACGUUGUUAAAUGCUCCUAGCACUUGUAUAUUAUUAUUAUUAUUAUUGUUAUUGUUAUUAUUAUUAUUAUUAUUAUUAUUAUUAUUAUUAUUUUGUGAGUUAUCUGAGUUGUUGCGUGUAAAAACCUGUCAUUUUAAGCUGGAGGCUUGGAAUGGUUCUUUGAUGGAGCAGAGAGUAAUUCUAAGUUAUAUGAUUUUACAAUGAAUUCAAAGUAGACAGACUGCAAAUUAUGGUAGUUGCUAAAAAAUAUAUCUACCUGUCCCAACCGUUCAUCAGUAGGAUGCCUAAAAUGCGUGCAAUUCCACAAUUGGUUUGGGCUCCAUUAAAUCCUAUACCAAUUGCAGAACAUUUUAGCAGGAAUGUGGUGUUAAUACAGUGCUCAUAUUGCCAAUUUUCACCUUUUACCUUUCUCUUGUAAUGCUUGUUUUGAUUGUCAGUGCAAAAAGAGCAGAAAAUUACUCUUUUUGACUGUUCGUAACUUAAGUAAUUGAUCUGUUGACCUAGUGUGUACAGUGUACAUAUAGCUUGGAUUUUUUCAAUAUGAAACUAUAGUGUGAUAGCACGUCAUGUAUGUGUAAGAUUGAAUGGAAUGUACAGAAAGCAAUCUGAUCAUGCACGUUUGGACCUUCUUCAAUCAUAAUCUGAUCACACAUGUUUUGACCAUCUAUCACAUGAAACUUGUAUAAAGCACAAAAGGAUUUUGACCUUUGGCAUUGUCACCCACACUCCGUAACCUUUGGUUAUUACUAGUUAGUAAUAGUCGUAAUGGUCUUUGUGUAAGCAGUGUUUGGUAUUUUGAAGGAUGUUGGUGGAGUGAGACACUAUACCAGUCUAGUCCUGGCAUGUUUCUUGUCAGGUCUAGGCUGGUUAGUUUUCUCUCUUUACACUUUAUGCUGCUGAGCUGUUGCAAUAUCCAGAAGACUGUUCUCCCAUCUUCCACAAAUCACAAAAACUUCUAAUCCCUAAAUAAAUGAAUAUACAUGUAAAAGUAGACUUAAAUGAUUGACGUAUGAUUUGAGAGUACGGUAGAUUGAGUAGAGAAAUAAAAGGUGUGAUUGGAAGUACAAUACAUGUAGCUACAAUUUGUUUGAUAGAUGUUAAAAUAUUAUUCUUCUAGAAUUUGGAUUAAAAAUUGUUAUUUUGUAACUGGCACAGUACUGCUCAAUUUUAAGUUAUCACCCUUUUGAAGGGAGUAAUUCUUGUCGUGUGCUAUGUUUAACUCCUAUUUAUUUUUACUGUCUAAUACAGUGUAUGUAGUUUUAAGUAUAUAAGCACCAAUGAAAUACCAGGUGAGCUAAUUAGUAUGAAGACAUGAUCUCUUCACAUGUGAAUUUACGUGUAGAUAUCUGUUGAUUCGGCUACAUAAAGCACAGAAGGAUUAAUAUUCGGCUGCAUAAAGCACAAAAGGAUUUUGACCUUUGGCAUUGUCACCCACACUCCGUAACCUUUGGUUAUUACUAGUUAGUAAUAGUCGUGAUGGCCUUUGUGUCAGCAGUGUUUGGUAUUUUAAAGGAUGUUGGUGUAGUGAGACACUACACCAGUGUAGUCUUGGCAUGCUUCUUGUCAAGUCUAGGCUGGUUAGUUUUCUCUCUUCACACUUUAUGCUGCCGAGCUGUCGCAAUAUCCAUGCCAUAACCUUUGGUUAUUACUAGUUAGUAAAAGUCAUAAUGGUCUUUGUGUAAGCAGCGUUUGGUAUUUUGAAGGAUGUUGGUGGAGUGAGACACUAUACCAGUGUAGUCCUUGCAUGUUUCUUGUCAGGUCUAGGCUGGUUAGUUUUCUCUCUUUACACUUUAUGCUACCGAGCUGUUGCAAUAUCCAGUAGACUAUUCUCCCAUUUUCCACAAACCACAAAAACUUCUAGUCCCUAAAUAAAUGAAUAUACAUGUAAAAGUAGACUUAAAUGAUUGACAUAUGAUUUGGGGGUACGGUAGAUUGAGUAAGUUUACAAAAGUGUACUGAGGUGUAUUAUCAGGGUUUUUACUACACAGGUGCCAGAACUCAGGUCCCAGCUUCUAAUGAAAACCCUUGUACUGUUCUUUCAAAAAUAAUAACCUUGUGUUGAAGAUGGCCUUAAAUUUGUUUUCCUUCUAAAAUGAAACCAACCCUAAAACAAUGCAUGAAUGUGUCAGGUGCACACUGUGUGAUCUGUUUGUAUCUGGUCCUGGAAUACCUUGGUAAGUUUGGUUUGUUGUUGGGCUUGUUCAGAACAUAAAGUUUAUUGACAAUUAAGGGGGGUUCCAUGGGCUAUUAUAGACUUCUAGUCACUUGCAAAGUAGUAUUAUUCAAUCAGUAUUAUAUUAUGCCCUAAAAUGUUGAAUACACGUAAUGAUAUCUGCCAUCAGCACAAUCAAAGACUUUUUAAAAAGUGAUUGUCUUAUUUUCUUGACUUUGUCUUUUAGGAGUGAAUCAGGUAAAAAAGGCGCAGCAGUGAAGGCCACGCCCACACCUCCCUUGUCGGCGAAAAGCUUAAACACAAAACCGAAGAGCUCAGGCAGAUCAAAGACAAAGUCACAGCAUUCUCAUGAGCAGCACUCAAACCUCAGUUCCCCAUAUGCAUUCUCAUUAAAUAGCACACCACCAUCAGGAGCAAAGCAGGGUGUUUCUGUUGGACAGUCAGUUCUUGUAGUCACAAUCAAGGAUAAGACUGUUAAAGUCCACAUGCCCACAGACAGUGCACCACGAUCACCUACUUUGGUUGAAUGCAAAGCUAUAAUCAAACAUCAACAAGAGACAAAUAAACGACAGGAACAAGAGGUGAUAAAAAUUAUUACCAGCCGUGCCAGUAGAAUAUCUGAAACUUACUUGUAACAAUCAAGGGGUCAUCCACAAAAGUUAGAACCACUGGUUCUACAUCAUGUGCAUGUAGACAAUAGCUUCCAUGUAGUGGAAUCAAUAGGCUUUCAUUUGCAAACUUUGAAGUUAGAACAUGCUAGAAUUACAUUUACAUAAUGAAACAAACAAACAAAAGAAAAAGCAAAGACAAAGGCCUUUAGAAAAGUUUAAGUCCACAUAAAUUGAAAAAAACAUCAAGGAGAUAUUGCAUCUUCAGUUGAACAAGACUGGUGAUGGAAUUUUUUUUGUUAUUUAGGAACCUGGCUGUGUCCUAAAAUUUACAUUUCCAAUUAAUUUUGCCCUCCAAUAACAUUGCAUGUUUUUGCUUUCCAUGCUUUUGCAUGUACUGUAAGAGAUUUUUAUUUUUCAUAUUUUCCAGUUAUCAAAACUAAAGUCAGACUUAAAUGAUGCUUUGUAUUCUGACAAAUGGACACCAGAUGCAUAUCUUUUGGCAAAAUCAUACAUGGCAGAGGAGGUACCAUCAACUGCAAGGUAUACCAUGUUGGUGAACAUAUUUAUUUUUGUUAUAGAAAUAUCCCCAAGUUGUAGGUCUGGUGGGGUUUAAACUCCAACCCUUUCAAAAUUCCAGUCUUAGUUUGAGUCUUUCCUUUAAGAAUUUGGGCAACAAGGCCCCUCCCUCUCUGCCCUUUAUUUUUUUUUUCCUCCUUGGCAUGUCCAAUGGAAAUUUCAUGUGGUGGAUAUUCAUAUUUUUUGCCCUCAAAUUCCAUACCUUCUUAUUUUGGACAUAAAAGGUUAAAAAGUCAAGUCCUCCAAAAUUACAGACAGUACACCUGUCUGUUAAAUAAGUGGGUUGAGAUAUCUUAGCAUCCGGCAAUUUAACUGGGAGAAUUAAUCUGCCUUUGUGUUUUUUGCCAUGGAAGUAAAAUGUGACUUUAUCUAGUUUGUGUAAAUCCUGAAACAAGAGUUUCAAUCUGCAUCCUUGCUCAUUGCUGUUCAUGUCUCUCCAGACACAACACUCCGGCCACAAGAUCGUUGCCACGAUUACACUCAAGAGAGCAGACACACUCAGGAAGGUUAGUUUUAAAAGCUUGUGUGUACGGAUACUUAAAGACCAUAACUGUUAUGUCUUGUCAGAGGUGUGGCCAGUCUGGGCAGAACCACUAAUGCUGGUAUGGGUAUCAGUCAACUUAAAUAGUAUCUUCCAUAGUAUCCAAGUAGCCUUUUCAAUCUUAGGUACAUGAAAAAAGUUGUUAUAAUUUCACCAAUUUGGGACACUCCACUGGCUCUUAGAACGUCAUGUAGGCCAGAAAACGCUUUUUUUUUAAAGAAAGGUAACCGUUUUAGCCCGACAAACCAGAAAAAAUUAUCAGACAUGCAUCAUAUUGAGUUUAGUUGCCAUGCAAAUCUUUGCCUGCAUAAUGAUAGUCUGAUAUUUGAUCUGUCCGGUCACAAUGCCCGACCUUAGGUAGAAAUGUAUUGGACAUAGGCAGAUUUACUUUAUUACAGCACUAUUAUGCACACGUCUCUCUCACCUCUGAGAGGAUUAAGCGUGGUAAAUGAGUUCCUUUCCUGGAGCAUGAUAAAAAAAUCUUGCCUGAUAAGAAUGGCCCACUAACAUACCUGACCAUACUUUUUGUUUGAUUUAGUCUAACACUACAUCAAAGGAAAAAGACCGAAAUCCCAAGUCUUUAUGGUAAUAACCAUUUGAUUCUCACUGAUGUUGAUUUCUUCUUUUGUUUCACAGACUGGCAGCAGGGAGACUGCACUAUGUCAGUGAAAGUGUUUCUCUUCCAGUUUUACGUCCGAAUGGCGCUGCUAAUGUUGCUGACAGAAAGCGUAGACAACAAGCAGUGGUCAGAGGAAGAGCCGGCAAGAAGGACUUUUGAUGAUAUGAUACUGAAAAAUUAUGCAUUUUAGUCUAGUGCAAUAAUGGUUUUACCCACCUGUAGCCCAUAGCUGUUUUUAUUUCACAGAAUUGUAAAUAUCUUUGAAUUCUAAGCUAGUUAUUUUUGAAUCACACCAACUCUCUCCUCAUUGUUCUUAGGGAAUUAAAUGUACUAUCUACUGAUACGAUCAGCUAAAUGGGGUGCAAAUUAUUUAAUAAAAGAUAUUUAACUAAAUAGCGCAGUUUGCUGGUUUGAUCUGCAAGAUUGUGUAAUUUUUGUAAGGUGAAAAUUAUUCUACAGAUUGAUCCAACAGUUGCUUACAUAUAUCUCUAAGCCCCCAAAAAACAGAUGGGUGACAAUCUUUGACAGUUUGAACAACGAGCGCAUGAAUUUCUCCAACGUCCUCUAUACUGAAUUGCAGUCAGAAGUUUUAUUGUUUGCUUGAUGGAACGCUUCUCCCUGACACAAUGAGUUGUACUUAUUUGCGAGUUCGUACUUUUUAAGCUUUUAUUUUAACUCCAGUAGGAUGAAAGAGAGAAAAGACUGACUGUCAGUAGUCAUUUUGACGGACGGGAACGUUCUCGUUGAUUAAGGCGUCUGUUAUGAGAGUUCAACUCCACUAUUCGUAACCUUCACUUCCUCGGAUUUAGGGGUGGUCCGCGGGGACUGUGGGCCCUCUCGUCUUUCUUUGGUUUUGUAUUGUUUUUAAAGAAUUCUUCGUAAAAAAAAUCAUGUCUAUAUAGCUGGUAAGUGUGUUCCCCUCAAGGCGUAGUCGCACUGCUUUUUUACAUGAAGUCUGAAACGUACGAUCCCACUGAACAAGAAAGCAAAACAGGGGACCUUUGAGUUUCUGAUGCUGACAGCUAGCAGAGGGUUGAGUUGAACAUAGUGGGGAAAAAACUCAAGGUUCGUGUUUUCGUUGUAAACGUAUUAACCCCCUUUAUUUGUACCUAUAAAACUGACCAAAAUUUCCUCUAUUUCGCGCUUUAUUAGUUUCAACAAACCACGCUUAGGAAUUUAAUUGAAGAGUUAUGAACUGGACCACUUUCACUAUUUAGCUGCUCCCCUACAAUUUUAAAAAACGCGUUGGGCUGGAAGAUUGUCCUCGUUUUUCUUCUGUCUUAUUGGUUCCCCUCAACAGACCCGUCUACAUAGACAGGAGCCAAUUCCGGGUGAGGAGAACUCCCCCUGAAUACUAGUCACAUAAACUCUUUAUGUCCUUGCGACAGAAACCGUGCAUAUAUUUUCUUGGAUAAAUGAAAGUUGUUGUUCGUCCAUCGUUGCCGACGAUGACCAAGAACAUCACUUGGGGAAGGGAUUAGGUGCGGUGUUUCCGGCUGCGGCUGAUCAAUCCAAUACAGGUGCGGAAGGCUCUGUCGCAUUCCGGACUCUGGUGAGUUUCUUGAGCAGGUAUCAAGAAUAUCGCUUUGGAUUUGCGCAGCUCACGCUUCCUCAGAGCCCCUGCUAUCCUGGUUUGCUCGAAAAGGGCAGUGCCUUUGUUGACUUUGCUACGCCAAGUAGGUCGGUCUAGAGCCAGGGUUUCCCAGGUUUCAACCGAUAUCAAAGCUUUUUCAGCAACGCUUUGAUAAAGUCCUAGUAGCGCUUCUUUUGUCCACCCUGUGAGCGUUUCCCCUCCGUCAAUUCGCCAUAGAAUAGUCUCUUGGGGAGGCGUGUGUUAGGCAUUCUGACUAGAUGGCCAGCCCACCUAAGCUGUGCCUUUUUGAGCACUGAGUGUGAAUGCUUGGGAGGCUAGCGAGAGAGACGACUUUGGUGUCAGGGACUUUAUCACGCCAGGUGAUCUUCAACAGUUUUCUAUUAAAAAGGGGGCAGCACUAAAACAUGGAAUCCGGAAUCCGGAAACGGAAACGGAAACGGAAACAGAAUACGGAAUCAAAUAUCGAUGAUAGAAAAUUAAAGAAUUUCACAAAACACAAUUUAGUACAAUCCAAAGAGAAUUUGUCUUAGUUUUCUUGGCAGUUCCCUUAAAUAUAUUCUUGUUAUUGUGUCUUGAUAAGGUUUGCCGUAGUGUGGGUUACUGCACUGCAAGGCCGAUGAAAGUAAUUUUACGAGUAAUUUUUAUUCACGAGUUCAUGGGUUGAAUAAUACAGUUAAACAUUACUUUUGUAGCUAAUUGUCAAGAAUAGUCGAAGUUAGCCUCAGACCACACCACGUGAUUGUCCCCAAACUGAAUACUCCACACAUGACCGACCGGUGACGUGACCACAGUUCCUGUGUUUUAGCAAUAAGUUCAACUUUUUCGCCAAGCUGAAUACUGAUGUAAUACUGGUGUACCGGUAAUUAAGUUUACGUGGACGUCCGUAUUUUUGUUGAAGAGGCUUAUUAAACAUGGCGCAUUAUUUUGAUGUAAUCGGUUGCGGAAUCAAGCAAAUGCAUGCACAAUUCUCUCUUCUCUGUGGACUCCACAAUGCCAUGGUUCUCUUGAGUAAGUUGUCUUGAUAAAUAAAACUGAACACUGUUGAAGACAACCCAGAAAAGACACUGAGAAAAACUUAACGGCGACGCCUUUCAGUUAUGUAAACGACGCCUCAGACGAUUCAAACGAAGUCUGUCUCCAUAUAACUUACCUUUUUGUUAAGGCACUAGUUUUUGUCAGUCACGUUUUUCUCCUCGCUUUGCUGUCCCAUGAUCUGAGAAUUUGCAUUCAUUGCCGACAGUGGUAUCAAGCGUCUUUUCACCGGAAUCGACUCCUCUAGUGACACAGCAGUCUCCUCUCCUGUACUCAGCUAAUUUAUUCAUUUGUGCCUUUUUUUUAUCUGUUUAUUUAUUUCAUUGUCAUUGCUAAUAUUAUUUUUUUCAAAUCGAUCGCUUGGAACCUUCUUUCACAGAUUCCGUAUUCCGUUUCCGUUUCCGUGAUUCCGUUUCCGUUUCCGGAUUCCAGAUUCCAUGUUUUAGUGCUGCCGUUAAAAGGCAGUUCAGGUGGAAUCGGUUAAGGUCGUUGGCGUGGCGUUUGCAGACUGUCCACGUCUCGCAGACCUCAAAGUCCAGGCAGGCAUAAAAGAGCUUUGGGCGACGCCCUUGUUUCUCACGAAGGAGACUGAAACCCAGCGAUUUAGUCAGGUGAUGGUUCAAACAAGAUGGCGGUAAACAAACAUGGCGGUUUCCUUGAACGAAGAAUUGAAGUUUUUCUUUGGUCAUUUUAUACCCACCUCACCUCAUCGUAGAAACCUGUCAAAGACGAACAAUUAUUCUAAAAAGGAAGAGGUCGGUAAAGAAACUGGAAAAUUAGAGUACUAACUCUGGGAAGUUACCGUUAGAUAUGUUUUCUAGAGCUCGCUCAAUCUUCUUUCGCUACACCUCUGCUCUAUUUAAAAAAAUCAUUUAGGGAGGACGUAUUCAGGGUAUAACGAACUGGACUUAAAUUAUUUGGAAAGGAAAUUGGGAACAUCGAGCAUCUAAUAUUGGGUCCUCCUGCAUGUACCUGCGCAACAAAACAAUGAACUGAUUGACCUUCGGGAGAUGUAUUGUUUUGUUCUUUUUACUCAAUUUGUGACCGGGUACCUGCACAAGGACUCCUAAUCCCUCACCUACUGUAUAAUUACUCCUUCAUUAAUUUCUAGUAACAGAGAUAAUCUUUGUGUUAAGCUUCAAGAUGGUGUAAAUCCUAGUGAGCCCAAGACUCCACUCCAGAACUGGCAUUCUAAAAUAUACAGAUAAGAAUAAUAAAGAGUCAUUAUUUUUUUGGGUAGACCAUUCUAUACCCUAAUGUAGGUGUACUGUUUAAAAGUGAUAAUACAUCACUGACUAUCAGUGUUGUUACUAUUGACUAUUCACACCAAAGGCAGCCCAAGCUCAGUAUUUAUCUUUUUGAAGCAAACAAAUCCUUUAUUUUUAUGGCCAUUUUUAGGAUUAUGCAACAUGAGACCUCGCUUAUUAAUGAUUUUAAUAGUGCUGGGGGCAUCUUUAGUGGUUUCCAAGCCUCCUACCAAAUUGUAGCUUAUUUAGCCAUCAUUAAUACACAGUAGCUUUCCUCAGAAGGGGUAUUUUACUGGGAGGGAGGUCAUGGGUUUUCCUUGUCCCACAUAAUAGAGACCUUUUGAUUCCAGGAAGAGAAUGAGUAAAAUUUUUUUGCAUAUUGUCAAAAAAUAGACAUCCCUGAAUGCUUCAUUGUCCGUUUUUUUUUUCACCAAAAAACUUGCAAAUCUUUAUUCGAGGAAGUUAAGCCCUCUCCCGAUCUGCAUAAAAUGAUAAAAAUUCUAAUGGUUGAUAUCUUACUUUCACCAGUAUAUAUAACAUUCUGGCUAAAACUCAUGCUCAAGCAGUACUCAGUAUUGAGAAAACUUGUACUUGUCGUACUCGUCUGAGAAUCUUAAGGUCUCUAAUUAUUGAGAAUGACAAUUUAUUACAACAUCUCAAACAAAAUUACUUUUUUGGAUUUCACUUAGGAUGUCAACCAGUGUCCUUUCCAGACCAACCCAAGUGGGCUUCACUAACUUUCCAGUUCCAGCUAGUAUACAACCUGAAUUUAAUCCUGCAGUGAGUGUUCCACGUCGCUUCAUGCCAGGCACAUCACAUACUGAAGCAGCUCCUCAUCAAAUGAAUCAGCUGCAGUUUAACUUAGGAGUUCCUACUACAGAAAGUCAAUUAACAACAAGGUUUAGAAAGCCACAGCCUAUAGUUAUAGAAAAAAUAUCUGAACAGUCCCAAACUCCACAUGCAGCACCUCAUAUUCCAAGUGUUUAUCCUCUGCACGUAGCUUCUGUUUCAUCUUCACUGUCAAGUGACAGACUCGCUCUUGCAGUUCAUCUUGCUAAAAGGGAUGUUAAGAAGGUGAAACAACUUGGAACUGAUAACAUUUUAGUGUCACAAUUUGAGGAGACUGAAAACAAGCAUGUCACUUCAUCAGCCAAGGGGUCGGGAACUACAGGGAAGAAAGGUAAAGGGAAGAGAGGUAAAUCUAAAACUCAAAGUGUUCCAUCACAAAAUGGUGUUACUCUGCGGGAAAGGGUACAUCAGGUGGCAAAAAAGCAAGAAGCAGCGGCUAAGAAACAACAUGAGAUGUACUUUUACCCUGCAACGAGGGAAGAUGAUGGUUUUGAAUCAGACAGGGAAAGGAGUCAAGCAAAUGAAAUACGAAAACUUCGAAAAGAACUUCAUCAGUACAUGAUGCAAAUGGAGGGAUUAAGAAAUGAAAGACCUGAGGUCUUGAGAAAUAAAGAUAAAAGGCUGAAGAGAAGAAGAGGUGACGAAGUGAGAUUAUCAGAUGAUGAUGUUGACCAGCGGCAGGUAGUGAGAUAUGAAGAGCAGGCUGCCCGAUCUGCGAGGAUGCUUUAUGUACUACAAAGACAGGUACCUAUAAGAGAUAAAUCAGUAGACUUUCUAGUUAUUUCACCAUUUUACACGACAUACAGUGUAAGUGUUCAGUCUGGGCUACAACAUGUAGAUCAGACUUGUUUUGCAGUCUUCUCCUUAUCAGGAGGUAACCGGUAAAAUUUACCAUGUGAAGUGUUACCAAGAUUAAAUAAGUUGUUUCACAAAAUAAUUAUGCAAGUUGUGAUCCAAGCCGAUCCUCAAAAGAAAAGGAAGUAAAUACGGAAAAACAAAAAGCGUGCACAGCUAUUCUCUCUGCUUUACUUUAUUUAAAUGUUGACUGGUACCUUCUGAAGCACUGCAGGCUAACAAUUUUUUUGUGGGCUUGUUCCAAUUGUAGACUUUCUCGACGAGCAGGAAAAGUGUGCGACUUCUGCGACUUGUAGCAAAAUUGACCCUAGCAGUAAAGGCAGCCUUCAUUCAUAAAAUUCUUUGUUUUGAGAUGUUUAAGAUAAUUUUUGGUCAAUUGGUUGACAGGAUGCUUGAAAAUAGAAGCCUUUUUGAGUGCGAACCCCCCUCCCCACCACCCCCCGCCAGGAGAGUGCACCUCUGGUGCAUAUUUUUGGCCUUACCAUUCAGGGAUGGUCCUUUACCUGCUGAGCUAAACUUUGGGGAGAACACGGGUCUAGAUCAAUAUAUUGUCAGUAUGAUAAAUAUUUGCCAUGGCUAAUUAACGCAGAAAAUCUCCGCCAGGACGGCAAUAUUGGUUGGUUUGCUUAAUUAAGUUUAGUGGUCUUACUUAACCUUCAAGCCCUUGUUCCAGACAAGGAUCCAUAACUCUUACCCCAUUUAGAUCACAAUGGCAGUUGAAGUCUUCACUUAAACUCAGCCCAAUGGGCUAAUUUACAUGUAAAGCUGUGCCCUUUGGUACACACAUACUUAUACAUCUUACGUUGGGUAACUCUUGAAACCAGUAAUAAUAUUUAAUAAAUAACAUAUGACAGAUUCAGUCUAAAAAAGAUUAAUUCCAGCUUGUCGUUUAGACAAGCCGCUGCUCUCACAUUUUUGUCAAGCUUGUCUCAGUCCCAAUAGUGACCAACAUCAAUUUUCUCCUAACAAUAUCCAUAUAUUGCCUAGAAAAAUGGUUAUGAGAGUUAAUAAAAUGAUCACUAAAGAGAAAAUGCUUUGAUCUUUUAUCAAAUAAUUUCUCUAAACUAAUUCUGCAAGGAAAUGUAUGGAGAUCAGUUUUGAGAAUUUGUAAGUGCAUAUUGGGGCUUAAAGGGUUAAAGAAUGUCACUUGCCUGGGCCCUUGCCCAGUGGGCAAGUGAGCAUGAAAAGUGACUAGUCCAGCAUUGAAAUCUAUGUGUAUUUGCUGUGGAAGAUCAGACGUGACUUGUGGGAGCCCUAAUUAUUAUGAAUGCUUCUCUGAUCAAGUGCAUAUUUGCCUCCUUUUUCAGGUUCAAGAAAUUGAGGAUGAGCUAAAUAAGAAGGGGAGAGGAAUAAAACACACAAAAAAGGUAUUACUGUGUAAAGUAAUUCUUUCACUUACCUGGACAGUUCAACAGUACACCUUCCAGUGUUAUUAUAUAUAUAAAUUUUUCAAACCUACACCACCACUGUUAGACAGUAACUGCAGGCACUUCAUGUCGAACCAUCUAUUUUAUCUCAGCUGCUUACUGAGUCUUGAUUUGUAAUGGUAACAGGACUGAGUAGAGUCCAAUUCAGUCUGUAAUCAUAUGAGUGAUUAACAAAAUCGGACAACCAUGUAGCUAGUAAUUUGUGAUAUAUAAAACUUUUCUUAAAUCAAAACACAAGAAAUUUUGUAGUUAUGAUUAUCCUUGAAACAGUUAAUGUUUGUGAAAAUUAUCUUAUAUUUUGCUGAACCUUCCUGUUUACUGAAAUACGGAUAUGGAAUCUUGAAGGGUGGCUCUUAUAGAAAUGGAACAGAAAUUCUAUUUUCCCGCAAUAUUUUCUACUGGAAUGACCCAAAAAGUAGUAUUCCAUUAUUUUAUUCUCCAACCAUAUUAAACUUUUUAAAAUUGUAAACAACGUUAGUUUCAACCAAAGUAUCCCCCUUUUAGAGGCGUUGACCAUUAUGGCUGACUGUAUAACUAUAUAUGUUCAUUCUGCAGAGCCAGACAUUGAGUCGCCUUGCAGCAGCCCAUAGGGGAGCAGUUAGAGCACUACAGACAUUUGUCAGCCAUGCCCCAUUACAGCCCAAGGUUGGCCAUGGUCUUCCACCAAUGUACCAAGAACUAUCAGCCCUUGUUAGACAAUUAUCACUUUUGGCUGCACAGCUCCAUGUUGGUGGGGAAGAUCUUGGUAAUGAAUUGAAGAGGAUGGAGGACAAAGAGAACAAGGUGGGCAAGAUCCUGUGUUUACACGAUGAUGAAUACUAGUUGGUUCAUUUAUUGAGUUGUUUGUUGAUUUUUGUCUUUUCUUGUUGUACAUCAUUGAUAGUAAACUAUUCAAUAACUCAAUUUCUUUAUCAUAAGAGUGAAAAGGAAGAACCUGUGUUGAAAACAGAAGAAAUCUCAGAGAAGCCAAGUGCCUUUAUCCAGGAAGUAGCUGGCAGAAAACCUCAGGACUCUGAUAAAGUUCCAACACCAAUGAAACCAGGUUUGAAAAUGAAAAGUCAAUAACUGUUAACAGUAGCUAUACACAGUCUUGGCAGAAUCACUUAAUUCAUUAUCCCUUGAUAAAGUCCCAAUAUUAACCAUUGGAAACAUCACUGAGUUUUCUUAAUUCUGACAAUAUCAGUACAUAGAUGGCUGAUGAGGUAAAGAAAUAUGAAAAAGACUAACACUUUUUUGUAUUUCUUUACUGAAUAUCACCUCAUCAGCCAUCUAUUAGUAAGUACAAGUGUCACGCAUCCCUGACAGUUUUUCAGUUUAACCUUCAAUAUCAAUACAUUAUCAAGAGAAAAAGUUACGAUCUAACUGAUAAAAUGAUCACCAAGGGAAAAUAAUUUAUGCUGUGAUCCUUUACCAGAUUGUCUCUCUUAUUCUGUAAGGUCAGUUGAUUUUGAGAAAUUAUUUUUAUAUCAUUAUGGUUAUUGGGGCUUGAAGUGUCAACGAAAGGCUCUGUUCACAGUUUAACACAUCUACACAUCAAUGACCCAUAACUGCUUGCGUGGAUCCAUAUCCCAUGUACCUUUUGUGUUGCUAUCAGUUAAAAGGUCAAUCAUAGAGAACCACCCAACUUCCGUGUGGGAGAGGUGGAAAAGGCAAGAUCUUUGUACAGAAUGAGUGAAUAGUCAAACAGGCCAGAUAAGAAUGUGACAAAUCAUGUACAGUUACCCAGAAAAUCCAUUUAUGAAAAUCUUGUAUCACUACCCACCUGAUCUUCCUUCAAAAUAAUUUUUGUGGAAAUGCAGCCUAUUCCCAGCCAAAUAAUUUUAAAAAGCAGGAGGAGAAAAAGCAAACAAGGGAGGAGAGAAUGAAAAAUUAAUAAUAAUUAUUGCCUUUAGUGCCUUUUCAAACUUUGGAAGCUGUAAUUUAGCACCAGGAGCAAAAGGCAGCAAAGUUCUUGACUUGCAAAGUAACAAAUUGUUUUGUGCAGCUUCAAUGCUUUUUGGUGGGCCCAGGAACUGCUCAGCUAUAAAGCUAAAGUGGCAUUUUUCAACAACAAUUUCUGGGAUGAACAACUCAAAGCUCUUGUUUCCCUUCUCUUGAGAAACAAAUUUUAAUUUUUUGACAGUGGUCACAAGUUCUCCAGACCCCACUCCAGAGAGGGAUGCCAUACUUCAGGCUGGGUUGUCUGCACUUUUAAGAGCGAAGGACACUCCUGUUCAGACUCCUGUGGUACGUUUUACUUUACCUUUUACGUGCAACUUUCAAUACUACUACUAAUACAAAUGUUUUACUACUAAUACAAAUGUAUUAAUCUAAAUAGAUUACAGAUAAUAAGAUAUUGCUUUUUUCCUGUGGUGCUCUUUCUGUACUCAGGUCAUGAGGGUCAUGCAGGGUUGUCACUAAGAUUUCAAGUUGCCGGGUAAAUACAACAAGUAGGUGGGGAAUCAAACAGCUAGGGGUCUUUGUGUUUUAUUUUUCUUCUAUUUUCCUUUGAAAGUAGCCGGGGGCCACAUUCAUAGUAGCUUGGGGAAUUCCCGGCCCCCGCCUCUUAAUGACAGCCCUGAGUCAUGGGGGCUUUUUAGUUCCUAAAGUCAUGUGAUCACUAAUUAAAUCUCUGAGCACUACGAUGAUUCUUUAUCAAGGGAUUGGGUAGGUAAGCAUUCCCUUCUCUCUUCCUCUUCCUCCCUUCCUUCUUAUUUUUCCCCUCCCUCUGCACUCCACUAUCUGAAUGCCUGGAACAGGGUAUGAUUUCCUUGGCACUGUUUAUUAUUUAGUCUAUAAGAAAGUUCUUUUCUUUUUUCUCACACCUUGCGAUACAAGACAGCUUGCUCAGUUGAAUUAUCCUAGUGUGAGCUUUUUGUGUUAUUUUGGGUUUACAUCUUGGCUUUUUAGUUUUAAGAGCUUUCUUUAAAUGGAUCAACAACCUCUUUUACGGUGUUUAACCCUGUCUGAUCUGAGAUUGUUAUGGAUCGUUUGUGUGUUUUCUUUUUCAGGUAAAACCAGGCCUUCAGCCAAGAGCUGCUCAUUUUCAGGCUGCAAAACCUGUCAAACCAGUUAAACAGGCUCUGCUGCUUCCUGCUAAACUGAAGGUAUUAGACAUCACUGAUUUCUGGCAUUAUGUUGUCAGUUGUUUUAAAUUCCUUCCUCUCUACUUCUUAAUCAAUAAAUUUCCAGUCCAAAUGCCAUUAAUAGGUUCAUCCAGUUCAUACAAACAUUUUCUGCACUAAAAUUGGUCAAUCUACAGACAAUCUAGAUAUUGACAUUUUUAUCCUUUUUAAGAAAAGUUAUGACAUUACAGUUUUAAAUCUGCAAACAUGUUUCAGAUGAAAGUACUUACAUCCGUCAGUUGACAUCUUUAUAAAGCAAAUGUUUUCAAAAGUAAAUGUUACAGGCAUGUAAUUUUUUUGGCACCCCAGCGACCAUGAGCCUCUAACUAUUAUAAUAGCUUAAAAGCCAUAAUAUCCACAUACACAUUCUCCAGACAGAUCUCCAUAAAUUUCCUUUAAGAAUCAGUAGAGAGAAUUUGAUUAAAGAUCAAAGCAUUUUUCCUCAGUUGAUCAUUGCAUUAAUUCUCAUAUAAUCUUCUCUCUUGAUUUUAUAUUGACAUUGUCAGGAGAACAUUCAUGUUGGUCACUCACAGUUGCUAGGGUAUUUGCUCUGACGGUAGUUGACUGUCUGUUCAGCCUUAGGCAAACACUUAGUGUGCACUUAGUGUCCACCUUAGAGGGGUGUUUUUUUUUUUUUUUUUUUUGAGGUGUCCGGCAUAGACUUAAUGCUGUGUCGUUUUUACUCUUAAAGCUUAAACGCCAGAGAGCUCAACAAAUUGCCAAAAGGGUUAAACUGCUUCAAGACAUGGAGCGGGCUCACUUUGCAAAAGAGACAGUGUCCUCCAUCCUCAAAAAGGCCCCUCCUGUAGAUUGGGCAGACAAACCAAAAACUCCGCCAAGAACACCCACAAAAGAAGGUCCAAGGACCCCGGAAAAGGUGUCUCAACAUGUUACGGCUUAUAUAUCACCACGAACACAGAGAAGAGAAUGUGAACGCCAGGUGAUACUACUAUUUUGAAAAUUGUCUUUUUGUAGCAGACUGAAUUUUCAAAUACAAUACUCUACUUUUUGAUUAACCCCACCUGGAGGCAAAAUAUGCAGAACACACGAUUAUCAACUGUAAGAGAUCUUUAUUUAUUUAUUUUUUUACUUUUCUUUUCAUGUCCUUGUAGGAAGUACUGAUUUUACUUAAAGACAGUUUAUUCAUCAAAGUAUUCAGUGCCUCAGAAAGCUACAGAAUUCCUUAGUUAGAAGCCCCCUUAAUUUAGCUACCAAACUCCAGGGCUCACACAAAGUUCAGUUGCCUAAGAUUUGAGGGAAAUCUAUUCAUAUACAAAUGAAUUAGAGUAGAGAGGGCAAUACGAUCGCAAAUCAUGGGGAUCUUCUUCGUGUAUUGUAACUCAAAACACAGAUGAUAGACGUUUUAACACACUGUGAUAUAAUGUGUUAGUCAACCUGCAGGACAGUGUCAGACAAGAGGGAGAGGGAAGUGAAGAUUCCAUAUUUUUGGUGUUAACAUUCACCAUAAAACGUGGCAAAGAGAUAAUUCAUUAUCAUCAUCAUCAUUAUCAUCAUCAUCAUUACGUUGUCGUUUCUGCUGCCGUUUAAGCUCCUCGUUAUCCUCUUCCUGAACCUGUCGAUGGAACACUAGUUUAGGAAGAGUCAAGGAAUUGUGUAAUAAUAAUCCUCUUACUGAAAGCCUGGUUUAGUUAAUCUAUUCGGCAAAUUAUAAGCUAGUUUCUCUGUGUAAGUUAAGGAUUUUGGUAUGACUUUUUUCUUGUUUUGUCUGUUCUUGUGUUCAGCUUGAAAGUCCAAAAAGCCCAAAGUAUCCUCGUAGAACGCUUCCUCUAGACUAUGAGCUGGUGGAAAGAGAAGUGGCCAGGUAAUGUUCUCUACAGCUGUACUAUUUGUUUGUAACGCAGUGUUUUCCAGAAGUGGUCACACUCAGUUCAGUUAUGUCUUUUCUGCCUUAAGGUUGAUUUCCACUGACGCGUUUUUGGCUACGCACGUUAACGCACGUACAUUUUAAUCACGUAAAUAAAAUAGAGGCAAGAUAAAAAGUGCUGAGCUUAAACGAGAAGUUGAGCGAGGUUCAACUUUUACGCUUACUAGCGACCUUUCUUGCAUUGCCUCUAUUUUAUUUGCGAACGUAAAUUUUUCGCACGUACGCACGUAAAAAUUACGCGACAUUGGAAAUCAACCCUUACUCACUGUUUUCCCACCUUCGAAUUUAUUAUAUCUAGACUGUCAGGUUGGUGAGAAGUCUUUUACAUUGCAGUAACAAUAACUAGGGCCUAUUUGCACAAAAUUAAGCAAUCCAGUUCAGGAAGUGAACUGAGAACCAAGGCAGUUGAAAUUCUACAAGUCGCUGAUUGGCUAACAUGACUGUUUAGCUGCUGUAUUGUUAUUGGUUGUCUCUGUUUAAGAGGAUCUUACUGAAGUCGCACAGUGAUUCUCAUAAAUCGUCUCUUUGACCUUGUACUUGUUUUAUUUUGGAAAUAUGUGGAUAAUUUCGUUAUCAUGAACAAGCGUGAGGUCAAGAUGGAUGGAUAUCUGCAAAGUUCUUUUUUGCGUUCUUAUUAACCGAGACCUCAGAUAAAGUCGAAGUCAAUCAGAACGCAUAAAAAGAAGGACAACAACAACAAUGUAUUAAUUGAAAGAAAUAUAAAGGUUACAAUACUUCAUGUCCUGCAAAUAGCUACAAUGCUAAUCUAGGCAGGACAAGACUUUAACUAAAGGCGUUAUUAAAUUACAUAAGAAAAAAGAAAAGAAGAAAUACAAAAACAUACAGAAAGAAACACCUUACAUAUCAAUUCAAGUACAAGGGAUUUUGUUAUUUGAAAAAGACUAAAAUUACAACUGGAGGUAUAUACAACAUAUCAGGUUAACUUCACAAAAUAUUCUAUUAAAAAAUUAACAUUCAAAUAAUUAUCUUCAUUACCUAGAACAUUAAGGAGUAGUGAUUUAAUUUUUUUACGAAAAUUAGAAACGUUGAGAGUCUUAACAGAAAGUGGAAUAGAAUUCCAAAUAGACACACCGAUUUUAGUAAAAGAUUUUUUCAUUUUUUCAGUUCUAGAGAAUUUGACAGAGAAGCAUUCUUUUGCAGAUAAUCGCGUAUUAUAAUGAUGUUCUGUAUUGAUUUUCGCAAACUUAGAGGAGCCAAUAUACAGCCAUCUUGACCAAACGAGCUUGUUCAAUAGGGGUUUUAUUAUAUGGCCAAAAAAAGAACUUUUUCUUGCGGUAUCAAAGAUGAGCCUAUCUUACCCGCUCGGGUAGCCAAUCAGAACGCAGGAUUCACUUCAUUUUGCCCCCUCAGGUAGCCAAUCAGACGCAGGAUUCACUUCAUCUUUCCCGCUCGCGGAUUCAACUAUAUUAUAAUAAUGUCAGAUUCAUUUCAUCUUGCCCGCUCGGGUAGCCAAUCAGAACGCAGGAUUCACUUUAUCUUGCCCCUCGGGUAGCCAAUCAGAACGCAGGAUUCACUUUAUCUUGCCCGCUUGGGUAGUCAAUCAGAACGCAGGAUUCACUUCAUCUUGCCCACUCGCAGAUUCAACUAUAUUAUAAUAAUGUCAGUAAUUGACCACCCUGCUUGACUGUAGUUUAUGACUGUCAACUUUUCCACUUCCAGGCAACGAUGGCUCGAUGAAGAAGCAGAUAGAAGGGUAAGGUCUCAAAUUACACUUGUAGCUUCGUCUCUAAUUUUAACGUAGUGAAAUACAUUUUCAUUUCACGUCUGUUUAACUAGAUUCGAGAAUUAGAAGAACGUCGCAGAGCAGAGAAUCUUCACCGACGAGACAGAAGGUACGUUUCAUGUUUUGUCAGGAUCUCAGUUAUUCAAGGGAGGGAUAAAACUCUUUUGUAAUGCUAUCACAAUUUUGAGUUGUUUUAUUCAGCUGGUAGCCAAACCCACCUUUUUACAAUGAGGGCUAAGAGUGUUAGGAGCUCUUCAAUUUCGUGCCUCACCCGUCUAUGGGCCCCACCCCCACCCCCUGGCACUCUUUCAGGAUGUUUUACGCGCUCUUCCGGAUAGAGGAUCUUAUUUGUAAACCAUUGACUAUUCUUUUGACUACUCAUUUAUAGUAAAGUUAACCAGGAGUGCAGAUUAAGUAAGGGGUUGGAGCCCGGGAAUAUGGAAUAUUGAAAUUUUAUUGGGUAACAGCAGAGCAUAUUUUAUAGUUGGUAGUACUGAAUAGGACUCUUGUUGACAGUAACUGACGUUUUGACAACAUGUGCGGUAGUCAUUCAGGUCAAUAACCAGAGUUUAUACUAUCAGCUAACGUGAUACGACACACUUUGACUCUGAAGAUGACUACCGCACAGGUUGUCGAAACGUCAGUCACUGACAACAACGGCCCUAUUCAGGAUUACGUUCACCCGGACGAUCAUGCCGAACCUACUAAUGAAAUAACUUCUGGAUUCAACCUUUCACAGUUUUAAAGCACAUUCCUUUGCGCAGUAGGGUUAGCACGGCCAUGUGUAGUGUAGCUAGAGUCGAUUUAUACUCAAUCUAAACAGCGCUCUUUUGUUUUCAUUUUAGCUCAGACGUUCUACUGUCCAGGCGAUUGAUAUCAGAGACAGAAGAAGCUAUUAGAUCACGAUUACAACCUCUUCUAGAUCGUGCUGAGGUAUAGAAGUCACAAUAUUGUAUGUUUUUGAAAGUUAAUCAAUCAAACGACAAACACCGUACGUUACAGUUUUCGCAAGGUGUCUUACCCUAAGCCUCUAGACGUCUCCAUGACUACCAACUUUAUAGGCCUUUAGAAUCACUCAAAACUAUGCCAUAGCGGUGAAACCGCCCUUGUCUGUGUUCAAAACGGCAUUCUGCUUGCCACUGAUGAUCGUCUCUGUGCAUUCAGAGCUUUAAAUAGCUUUAUGCAGAGUGUUCACUCGGCAUCGGAGAACGGAGAAUUUUCCGUUUACUACGCAUGGCUCUCCGGCAAACGUUCGGUAGCCUAUGACUGUUUUAUAUUCAGACGUGGAGCCUCUUUCAAAAUAUUCUCCUGUAAAGUUACGCCUUUCUCCUGCUACUAGAAUUCUCAAUGAAAACCCUGAUUCACAUAAGUGUACACUAUAAACUAUGCUUAAAUUUACAGAGCUAUGCGUCGCAGUUAAAUGAGCCAUUCGUUGUUAUACAGAGCUAUACACNAGUAGGGUUAGCACGGCCAUGUGUAGUGUAGCUAGAGUCGAUUUAUACUCAAUCUAAACAGCGCUCUUUUGUUUUCAUUUUAGCUCAGACGUUCUACUGUCCAGGCGAUUGAUAUCAGAGACAGAAGAAGCCAUUAGAUCACGAUUACAACCUCUUCUAGAUCGUGCUGAGGUAUAGAAGUCACAAUAUUGUAUGUUUUUGAAAGUUAAUCAAUCAAACGACACACACGGUACAUUACAGUUUUCUCAAGGUGUCUUACCCUAAGUCUCUAGACGUCUCCAUGACUACCAACUUUAUAGGCCUUUAUAGGCCUUUAUGCGCAUUCGAUCAUAUCUUUAUCGCAUGUUAGACUGCGCAAUAUAAGAAAUAAACAUUAUUAUUAUUACAAUCACUCAAAACGAUGCCAUAGCCACUAAACCGCCCUUAUUUGUGUUCAAAACGGCAUUCUGCUUGCCACUGAUAGUCGUCACCGUGCAUUCAGAGCUUUAAACAGCUUUGUACAGGUUGUUCAUUCGGCAUCGGAGGUCGGAGAAUUCUCCGUUUACUACGCAUGAUACUCCGGCAAACGUUCGGUAGCCUAUGACUAUUUUAUAUUCAGACGUGGAGCCUCUUUCAAAAUAUUCUCCUGUAACGUUACACCUUUCUCCUGCCACUAGAAUUCUCAAUGAAAACCCUGAUUGAUAUAAGUUUAUACUAUAAACUAUACUUAAAUUUACAGAGCUAUGCGUUGCAGUUAAAUGAACCAUACGUUUUUAUACAGAACUAUACACUGCUGUACACCGCCUUAAAGAGCAGUACAUUGCUAUAAACAGUUAUGACAGCUAUCCUAAGCUGAAGACUGCUAUGUAGUCGUAAAGAGUUGUAAUGAGCGACACUCCUAAAUGCAACGCUUUAAAAACUAAAAACUUUUAUUUCAAUUCAUUAUAUACAGGAGAUAGCAGACGCGGAUGGCAGACGAGAAGUCGUGCAUAAGAAAUCACUGCAUCAUCAGUUGGGGAAACUUGCGUCGGAAACAGUAAGUGUAUCUCGCCACACCCCCUUAAUAAUUUAAUUAUCCGACUGAUCCCCCUGACCCAGACUAUCUUUUAGUGUACCAUCUGUUCUGAGAACAAAUUUAUUAAGCGUUAAUCUCAGUGAGAAGCCAGCAUUUACAGGUAACAGUGCACUCAACAUUGUCCUCUGACGUUAUACAUUUUGCUGUGUUGUCCACUCAGAGACUUUUGGCGGGAAACAUGUCAUGUGACCUGAAAGUAACCAAUGCCAGCUCGAGAAAAGGGAAAAGUCAUAUAAGUGACUGGGCAACUAUUUAUGCCAAAUAAAUUGAGAUGCCUCGCACGUAAUAAGUUAAUAGACAGACUGUGGCUGAAUUAUGUCUCAACAGACAAUGAAUCAAGCUGACAUUUUGGCUGAAAAGGUACUUGACGACGUUUUAGAGGAAACGGUGAUUGAAAUGCAGAGGUGAGUGAUCAGUAUGCAAUUCUCCUUAUAAUUUUUUAAUGAUUACAAAAUAAAAAGAAAGGAAAGAAGCAGAUUGGGCAGCUUAAUAGCACACACCCAUGGCUUACAGAAUUGUCAUCACCACUUACAUGCAGUGUUUUACUAAAAGUGGCAUUACUUUGGUUGAGCAGUGAGUAUAGGGGGAGGGGUGGUGGGGGUCAGUCUACAGAAAAGUGCUUAGAUGUGUCAUGCGGCGAGAAGGACCCGUUUUUUGUUUAUAAUAUAGACCAAAUUUCUGCCUAUACAAGAAGCACUGAUGAAAGUACUGUGAGAGCAAAGUGAGCUUCCGAACGAUGGUUUUUGCAAAAAAAAAAAAGGAUAGAAGAUGGCGAAGAUGUCUAAAUCCAAGGACAGAGAACACAGGAAAAGGGAAACGGAAGCGGAAAGAAGUAAACAGUAUAUGUGAUUGUUAGACUAAAUAAUAUUGAGCUCUAUUACACGAGGAUCAAGCGAAGAAGAGGAGCUCAAACUAUAACCUUUUUUUCAGUGGUUUCCACAUUAUUCCACAGCAUUCAGUAGUUUUCCUUAGGCUAGGGUGAGCAGGUAAGGAAAAAUGUUAAAAAAAAAUUUUUUCUCACUUUUGUGUAGGCUGGAGGUGGAAGAAGAGGCUGAAAUUGAAGCUGAUAACUUACAAAACAGUUCCACUUUAGAAAAUAUUCUUCAGAGACUACAAAAUUUUGAGGUACAUUGACAUACGGUAUUUUUUACCAACUCAUGCAGAGACACAGAGGCACUCAUGAUCAGCUAGGCAGUGUGUAUCAGUUGGGCCUGGAGGUUUCAAAUAAACGCAAGAAUAUGCAAAUGUUCCCGUCUCGACUGACUGCCCUCUGCUAUCCAAAGAUAAAUUAAGAUUGAGUGGUCAUCCUAGGAGCCUCCAACGUGAAGUGUUUAGGGAACACUUUGAAUAGCAUUUGUAUGGAGGGGACGGAUGAGCAAGUAGACUGCUGUAAGAAAACUAGUACCCCUUUUUUCCAGGGAAAAAUCAAGACAAACCUUUGUUAUUAAAGUUGCUUUGUCUCUCUUCCUCUUUCCCAAUCCCUUCGUCAUUAAAAAGGCAAUAUCACCAAGUUAAACUACCACUUGAUAAUUCAACGGGCGUUUACAUCACAUUUAAACACUUGGUCAAUAGCACUUGAGCUUAGGUUCAGUGAAGCAGUGACAGAGGAGGGCAACAAUCUCCUCAUUAACAAGGAAGUUUCUAUAGCUACCGAGUUAACGUUCUUUAGUUGUCCUCUUUGGUGCUCUAUAAAGCAAGCACCUCUCUUAAGACACAUAUUGCCAAUUUCUGCUGUUUUUUUUUCUCUUUUUGAAAAACUUGUAUUCCAUCGAAGGCCUUCCUUAUGAGGAGACAUUAGGUUUUAGAAAAUUAGUUACUGAUAAUAAAUCUUCUGUUGUUCAUAGAAAGUCGAGGAGGAAAUAAGGCGCCACUGGGUUCAUGUUAAAUAUUCAGAUGUAGAAAAACCCACAGAAAGUCUUUCUUCAGGUAUGUCUGUGUAGCCUCGUAGAAUUUCUCUUCAAAAGCUUUGUUAUAUUAGGCCUGGUUACAGCAACAGAGGCCGGAAUUGGAUCAUGAUCACAAGGAUUGAAGUAGAUAUUUCUUGUCAAUCUGGCAAGCUAGUUACCAGCGUCAGUGUGCGUAAAGCCGGUCUUGUAUGGCCAUAUACACCUGGGUAGUACUAUUCGUGACUGUGUUGUGGCUAUGCUGGGCCAUGAAGGACUAUUAAGUAUAGUAUAGCCCUGUGAGCUGUGUAUAGCGAGGUCUUUCUAUUCAUAGCCACAUACGGCUGUUAAGAGAUGUGGGCUACGCUCAAUCAAACGACUAUAUGAUGGUUAUAUCAAGUUACUAAGUAGACUUGCUAUGACUCUGCUUAGCCUGCUUAACCCUUUAAGCCCCAAGAGUGAUCAGCAUCAAAUUUCUCCUUGUAAUAUUAAUGCUUUGCAAAACAGAGUGGUCAUGAGAAUUACAGACAUGAUCACGCAAGAUAAAUUUGCUAAAUAUUUUCUCAACAUCUCCACACUACUUCUGUAGGAACUGAAUAGGGGCAACAAAUGAGAAUUCAAAUUUUGAUCGUAGGGUUUAAAGGGGUUAAAGGUGAAAGUAGUGUCACUGACCAAAUCAUUUUAUAUCCCUGUUGUUACAGUAGAUUUGUCAGUCUUACAUUGAUUUAGUUUUCCCAGACAACUAAAUCAAUAUAACUGAUUAACAACUAAUUCAACUUCUCACAGACGAUUCUGUUUGAUUGCAGCAGAGACACGACAUUCUCGGCGAGCCAAAGUUCCCAAACCUAUCGUGUUUUCCAAACCCGAUGGGACUGAGAGCCAUCGUUUAAAGUCGGAAAAUAGCCGAGGAAUUGCCGAACAGGGUCGAGAGAUGGAUAGGAGGCCGCUAAAAUUACUGGAGGAAAUCAGCGACACAAGCAGCUUUUCUUCGCUUGUGGAACGUGAGUUUACUUACCUUACUAUAUACUUUGUUUUAGUUAGAUCAAGUAUAUUUUUUCUACCAGACAGACCCGCGUCACCCGCCUCUAAUGGAAUCCUAAAAUGGGUGGACCCGACUCCAGAUACGUUUCUAAAAGCUGGUCAGCUAUUUUAAUAAGUUACACGUUUCUCUUAUAAUGCCGGCCCUAUAUGAUCUCUUGACACUACCAGCAGCAGUCGUGAUGGUCACCGACUGAACUUUUUUUUAAUUAGCCAUAUUGAAGUUGAGUGUUAGACUGGGUCGGUGAUGUGUCAAAUUGCACUUUGGACUGUUUAAGUGACGCUUUCACUUAUUACAUAGGCUACACAUAGGAAACUGAGUCAAUAUGGUGUUUAAGCAGCAAAGUUUUUGAGUGAUACACGCCAACCGAAAGUGAACGUUUUUCUCUUGUAAUAGGCAGUUUAAGCAACAACGCUUUUGAGCGACGCACGCCAACCGGAAGUGAACUUUUUCUUCCCUUUUAAUUUACCUUGAGGCUACCAAAUUUGUAUUGCUAAGUGUCUUACUCUUAAAGAGACAAUUUUCCCAAGAAUUUGUUCAAAAUCUCUGCCGACGAGUGCAAAAAGUCCAAUUUCGGUUAACGUGCGUCGCUCAAAAACAUCUUUGCUUAAGUUCCCUAAUAUAUCUUGACGCUAUCAAAUUUGUUUUGCUAAGUGUCUUUACUCUUAAAGACACGUUUUGCCAGGAAUUUGUUCAAAAUCACGGGUGAAGAAAACGUGGUUGCCUAAAGUCCCUAUAUUUGCCCCGCAAAACAGUUGCAUACUGCAAUUCGACACAGCGAUCCAAUCUAUAGCGUUCUCUCGCUGCAACUAAUAACCCGUCCCGUGGAGUUCGUCUCUACCUACCAUUCUUUAGUCCUCUUCGUCAGCUCCUCCUUGCCUAUUCCAGUCGUUCAGGCCCCAGUUGUUCAAAAGUUGGAUAGCGCUAUCAUCUGGAUAAAUCACUAUCCAACGCACGUUACGGAUGAGUGCUGGGGAAACCAAUUACUGGAUAGUGAUUUAUUUGAUGGAUCGGGUUAUCCACCUUUUUAGCAGCUGGGGCCAGAACAUCUCCUUUCUCUGAACGCGUGGAACAGAACAGAACAGUUUAUAGCUCUUCGUAAGUCUAGAAACUCUAUUAAAAGCGCUUUGUUAAGCCUGUCUCAGAGGUGUUUGGCCAAGUUACUUUAAAUUACCAACAUACACUGACGACUGAACAUCUCUCUUGUCUACCAGCAUCAACUGAAGAUCGUUCAUCAACUCAAAGCUCCUUCAAUAAAGGCACUCAGCUCGGAGGGCCCUCACGUAGCCGACCCCUCGCGAGUAGUGCUCGACCUACAGUGAAGCUUAGUGUACCUGAGGAGAUGAGAGCCAGUGUGGCGUCAUACAGAAACCGGUUUAACAAGUAUUUGAGGGACACUGCUACUCAUGAACAGGGCAAGUUUGACCCCUGGGGACUGGUGGAUAGGUAAGUCACUUUACUUUAAUAAAAGCUACGACACAGUUGAACCUCCAUUAAGCGACCACGCGCGAGGAAGGAACAACUGGCCGUUUAAUAAACAGUUACCGAAACAAAGUCAGAUUAGCCUGCGUAGCAGGUGCCGAAAGGGUAGGGGAUAGGGAGGAAGGGAAAAAGAGAAGGGGAUUGGGGAGAGAGGGUCAAUGUCAUAGUGUAACUGCAAAGGCGAAAAUGUCAUACCGGUAGUUGCAACUUACUCUCAAGCUUCGUUUGUUUUAACUGAGUACUAGAAAGAAUAUGAGCUGGUGACCCGUAUGGGGUUUUAUUUAAUGGGUUUUAAAGAAGUGUUAAUGUGACUCAAUUUUCAAAUACAGUCAAAACAUGUAAGCUAGAUUUUACUCUUUACGAGCGUUUUAUGGGGAUGUAAAACAAUACAAAAGCUCUGGCACCUGUUUAGACUCCUAUAAAACGAGCUGGUAAAAAUAAGUAAGUAAUUAAUUAAUACUGAUAAUCAUAAUAAUAAUACAGAGCUGUUGCCCGAUCCAAAAUUGUCUAGUGCUGUUUUGUACUCGAACACCUACCUUGUCCGCUCUAUAAUCUCUUUGUGUUUUGGUGUAUUUACUUUCUUUUGAAAAUAUAAUUUUCAAACUUAAAAUGGAGCACAAAAUUAUUGAUAUUAAUUUUUAGAGGGACACCCCCUCUUAAAGCACCUGGUCUUAUGUAAAAUAGGGUGGUAACGGAACAGAAAUAGGGCGCACUCCUCAAAGCCAAUUACAAGUCUCUUGGAGAAACGUUUUUCCAACUGAACGAGAGAGGAAGCAUGUGAUUACAAGUGAAUUUCGCUUUGUUUUAGGAUCAGUGAGGAUUUGUUAGAAGAAGCCCUACAUGAAGUUGGUAAUGAACUUGAACACGUGUGCGAUGAUUACGCAGAAGCUUUGUACAACGAAGAAUUUGUUUCUGUCAGCACAGAUACGUGA